GUUCCUACUGAAGUAGAGGCAAACAGGAAAUAGUUAUCUCUACAAAAAUAAAAGCAGAAAUCCCCCUGAGGGCUGGACCUGACUCCUGCCUUGAUAAAGACAAGACGAGAGAUAGUGAAGAAGACGCAGUGACAGGUCGCUGGAGAUGACACAUUGAGUGGACAUGGACCACAGAGUGCUGAUUGUGUUUCUGCUCUGGAGCUCAGGGCUCUGGGCUGAAGACACACACAGUUCAACAGCAGUGACUGAUGAUGUCAAGUUGGUGGGAGGAGCGAGCCACUGUGCUGGUAGCCUGGAGAAGAAACACCAGGGAGACUGGAGAGCAGUGGAGGACCAGUACUAUGACUGGAACCUGAUAUCGGCAGCUGCAGUGUGCAGACAGCUCAACUGUGGUUCAGUUGUUUCAUUACGAAGAACACGUGUUUCCUUUGUUGCAUUUAAUAAUAUAAUAACUGACUAUUUAAUCUCUGACCCUGAGCAGCUCUUUAAUAUGUGGCCAGAUGAAGCUCCCUCUUCCAGCCUGGAGAUCACCUGUUCAGACUCCGUCAGGCUGGUGAAUGGGACUAACCUGUGCUCAGGCAGACUGGAGGUGAAGUCUAACCAUUCAUGGUCCUCAGUGUGUGAAGAUGACUUUACUCAGCAGGAUGCAGAGGUGGUCUGUAGGGAGCUUGGCUGUGGGGCUCCUGCGGUCCUCCAGGGGGCGAUCUAUGGAGAAGUGGAGGCUCCAGUGUGGACCAAAGAGUUCCACUGUGGAGGCAGUGAGUCUGCUCUCCUGGACUGUGACAGCUCAGUUAGAAACACCUGCUCUUCUGGCAAAGCUGUUGGCAUCUCCUGCUCAGAACCUGGUGAUGUCAGGUUGUUUGGAGGAGCCAGCUGGUGUAGCGGCACGCUGGAGAUUAAACAAUGGGGUGAAUGGAAACCAGUGGAUGAGAGGAACUGGAACCUGAGGUUAGCAGAUGCAGUGUGUGGACAGCUGGACUGUGGCUCUGUUGUUUCAACCAGAAGCAGAAGGAGUCCCGUAAAAAAACCUAUGUGGGGAGUCAAAUCUGGCUGUGAUGCAUCUUCACUGAUGAAAUGUUUUACAAGACUUCUUUAUUCCUCUUCCAUCCUAGAGGUAACCUGCUCAGAAUCUGUCAGGCUGGUUAAUGGGAUUAACCUGUGUUCAGGCAGACUGGAGGUGAAGUCUAACCAGAUGUGGUCCUCAGUGUGUGACGCUGACUUUGACCAGCAGGAUGCAGAGGUGGUCUGUAGGGAGCUUGGCUGUGGGGCUCCUUCAGUCUUCAAGGGGGGUCUCUAUGGACAAGUGGAGGCUCCAGUGUGGAUGAGGAAGUUCCAGUGUGAAGGCAACGAGUCUGCUCUCCUGGACUGUGGAAGCUCAGGCUCAGCUAGAAACACCUGCUCACCUGGCAAAGCUGUUGGACUCACCUGUUCAGACACUGAUGAUGUCAGGUUGGUGGGAGGAGCUAGCCGUUGCACUGGUAUACUAGAGUACAAACACCAUGGAGACUGGAAAGCAGUGGAUAACUUAGGCUUUGACUGGGAUCUAAGGGCAACAGCUGUAAUAUGUCGAUGGCUGGACUGUGGCUCCUGUACUUCAACAAGAAAGAAAACAGAUUCUUUAGAACGAUCUGUAUGGUGGAUCAACACUUCCUGUGUUCAGUCUAACACUACCGUGAAGGAAUGUGUAACAGCAAGGGAAAAGUCCAGCUCUUCCAGCCUGGAAAUCGCCUGCUCAGAAUCUGUCAGGCUGGUUAAUGGGAAUAGUCGGUGUUCAGGCAGACUGGAGGUGAAGUCUAACCAGUCGUGGUCCUCAGUGUGUGAGGAUGACUUUGACCAGCAGGAUGCAGAGGUGGUCUGUAGGGAGCUUGGCUGUGGGGCUCCUUCAGUCCUCCAGGGGGCGCUGUAUGGGGAAGCAGAGGCUCCAGUGUGGACCAAAGAGUUCCAGUGUGAAGGCAACGAGUCUGCUCUCCUGGACUGUGGAAGCUCAGGCUCAGCUAGAAACACCUGCUCACCUGGCAAAGCUGUUGGACUCACCUGCUCAGAUCCAGACAAUAUCAGGUUGGUGGGAGAAGCCAGCCGCUGCGCUGGCACACUGGAGAUGAAACACAAGGGAGAGUGGAGACCAGUGGCUGACUGGGAGUCUGAAUGGGACCAGAAGUCUGCAGCUGCUGUGUGUAGACUGCUUGAUUGUGGUGCUGCUGUUUCAACAACAAUGACAGAUGAUUCUUCUGACAGACUUGUGUGGUGGAUCAAGUCUUCCUGUGUCAAGUCAACAUCUGCACUGUUGGAGUGUGUAGUACUGUCUGGUAUUAUUGAAACCUUUUCCGGCCUUGACGUGAUAUGCUCAGAUUUGCUGGCUCAGCCAAACAUCUCCCCCGCUCCGUCCACUGACGGGGUCUCCAAGGCCAAGCAGCAGGGGCUUCAGGUGCUCAUGGGCACCAACUUCACCAUCACGUGCUCUAUCGAACCACAGUACCAAGGAGGGUUCUUCCAGCUUAUCUUCAACACCUCUGACACAACAAAGAACUACACCCUGCCAGCUGUCAAUCACUCUGCACAUUUCCUGUUCUCUGCUGCAGACCACACCCACCAAGGAGACUACAGCUGUGUUUAUCACAUCUAUGUUUUCUCCCGUAACUUCUCUUCUGAGAGCCAGCCACUCUCUCUCACUGUCUCAGCCUCUCUAAUAGAGUUGAUCAUCAGACUUGUUGUCCUCCUGCUGGGUAUGAUGUUACUUAUCGCUGCCCUCUGCUUCGGCUCUAAGGCCAAAAGCCAGAGGCCGGGACGAGAGAAGAACGCUGAGAUUAAUGAUUAUGUUCUUGGUGGUUCCCGUACUACAGGCUGGCUAGCUGAAGAGGCUGGAGCCCAGAGGAAAGAGUAGUAUCUCCAAGGUGGUUGAUUCACAUUCAGAUAUAGAAACAGUGAAAACAGUGAAAGAUUUUAGAUAGCUGUUACCUUCAAAUUCAAAUCUGUGAGACCCCUGAUCCCAUUUACACGUACAGUAUCUUCGGUCUUGAGUAACUUAACACCCUUGUUGACCUCCAGUGGUUUAACUUCUCACCAGGUCAGAGGUGAAACAGGCUUGAAACUUUGGUUUUAAGUUACUCUUUAAAGUGUCUUUGGCAGAGAAGAUAGUGUGUUCACCAGCUGCUCUCUGACUGUGUCUGUUAGCAGAUAUCAAAAAAGCAAAAGUGAAAAUGCAAUCAAGGAGCAUUUGAGAUGGACUAAAAUUCAAUUAUUAAUUAAAACCAAGUGGUUUUAGAUGCUUUUUAGCCAGAUGAUGAAAUGGUGUAUGUAUAAUAUGCAUAUGUAAUCUUUACACCUCCCAUGUGUAACUACUAGAGUUCUGCAUGGGCCUAGAACGAGAACCAUACCUGGCCCGUACCCGUGGCCUUUCAAGACUCGACCCGACUGAACCCGCUUGGUACUGCCGAAUUUGGGACCCGAACCUGAUCCAAGAAUGAGACUAUAUUUUAGUUUUUUCAUCUUCAAAGACAAAUUUGUAUGCUUGCUUUGGAAAGGCCUUCUCACAAAUUAAAAAUAACUAGUCUAUAAUAUUACUAGUAGGCCAAUAUGAGCACUAGUGGGUAGUUGAACAGUAAAAAAAGAACACACAGCCUGUCGUCACCUCUCAAAUUGUCACUUUUUUAAAAAUUUUACUACUGAUGCUGUUUUUUUUUUUUUUGUCGAACAAACUUUAUACAAAAGUUGUUGCUUUGUUUUUUAUUAUUGUAUGACUUGUUACUAUUUACUUUUGAUACAUGUAUAGUAGACUUACAUGUACAAUACAACCUUUACUUAAGUAAUAUAGUAAUUGGUGACUUACUUUUUCUUGAGUCAUUGUUCAGUAUGAAGUUUGACUUUUUAUACCACUGGCCUUCCUGCAGUGGAGGAAGUCUGAGUGUUUACAGAACUGCCCUUUGAUUGUUACAUGAUUUAAUGCACAGUCCAACAGCAGAGAAGUGGUUUUAGUUUGGUGUGCCAGACUCAGAGCUACAACCAUGAACUUUACACACAAAUGAGGCUGUAAAUACUCCUUCAAACGACAGGAGCCCCUGCACUUUCUUAAUGAUAUUCUUAUUUUUAUUUCAUCAACCUGCUGAAUGAAAGAUUCUUAUUGAACUCAGCUGCUGAGAAAUUGUACUUAACAGCACCCUCUGCUGGUUGCAGACAUGUUAGAUGUGAAUAUACCGACGUAUAACUUAUUGAAUUGUAGAUAUUACUGAGUUAAAACAGUUUUCUAGAGUAUACAACAGCAACAAGACUUCACUUGCAGUGUUUGUUGAUCUAUUUAUCCACCAAUUUCUUUCUGCACUGUUGUCUUUGGUCAGCGCUAACUCCCCUGUGUAGGGCAGCAGAUAUGUGUUACCCCUCAAACUUACAGUGACAAAGUUACAAGAGAAGAUGACAAAUUGAUAUAUGAAAUUGAUCAAUGUCGCUAAGGUCCUAAAAAUCUCUUGUCAGAAGCCUUUUUUACUGCGUUUUCAGAAAGUCUUAAAAGUUUACUAAUGCACUGUGGCGCGGCACCUGUAGACCUAUAAAGCCUUUUUAUAGGAUUAAAAAUGCAUUCUAAAAGAAACUGGCAACCAGUGCAAUGAAACUAAAGCUAGUUUGAUGUGAUACUGUAAAAACCAUUCAAAGCGCCCAAAGAAUAAAUACAACACUUUUAAAGUGGUUACGUUAUAAUUUGAACAUUUUCCCCUUCAGGCUCCCCAAACGGCAGAAACACCUUCACACUUUCACUGGAACACAGUCCUGUUCCACUAAAUGGUACUGCAGUUUUUACGGUUUUUGAUGUAAAACAUCACAAGGAUACAGGAUGUUGGUAUAUUAUUAUCACUUGCAGCUUCCUGUUAGCAAAUCUUGAGAAAUGGUUUGGCGUGAUAUUAAGAGAGAAACCACACGAAGCCUGAUGGAGAGAUUAAAAGAUGGAGAGGAAACUAUAUAUCUGACUAGCAGAGAAGAGCUGUAAAAGACAUAAGAUCAAGAGACAGCAUGGUAUGGACAAGUCACCUUCUGAACAUGGAUCACAUACUGGUGGUGUUCAUGUUCCUCUGGAGCUCAGGUAGGACUGCAAUCUGUUUAACCCCCUGACUGCUGCCCACACAACAUGAGUGUGGGUUGACUGACCCACUGGCGGAUAAGUAAACUUCAUUUAAACCAAUAUUUCAAAUCAUAGUCAAGCAAAACUAGGCUAUAAUACCAGGGCCAGUGUGCGUUGAUGUAAAGUGCCAUGUUGUGGAACGGCCUUCCGUUACACAUCAAGUUUUUAAAUAUGAGAGGGGCUUAUAGAAGUCAGGUUAGAACAGGGUGACAGAUUGUUUUUUGAUGUGGGAGUUAUUUCUUAAAUUGUGGUGAUGUGCGUUUGGAUUUCAGGAUUGUGAUUGUGUUGUUUAGUUUUUAUGUUGAAUGUCUUGUGGUUCUUUGUUUUCUGUGUCUUCUAACAUCUUGGGACCAUGUUGAAAAUAUGUGUUUUCACUUUAACAUGUUAUCCUUUGGAUUCCCCCCCCGUGUCCGACACGCCAUAAAUAAAAUCAAUCAAUCAAAGAAGGAAUCUAGACUAGUUAUUACCUUAUACUGACUGCAGACUAGCAGGAAACGUAGGACUAAUUGCAUUAAGGGACCUCCUUCAGUUAUGUAACAGCAGUGAGUCAGCAUUUAGGCCUCCAGCAGAGACCUGUCACCACCACACCCAAAUGAAAUGCAGCCAUUAUUAAUGUUUCAAGUUACAGUUGUUUUUGACGAGUCAAAUGUCUGUUGUGAGAAAAAUCUUUAAAGGUCCACAUGUACCAUACGAGGCUCACUUUUUUGUUCCCAUAAAAAUAUUUGCAUGUACUCUGAUCAGCUGACAAAAUGUCUAUGUAUCAAUAUCAGUGUAAGUAAUUUAUAGC